AUGUCAGUUGAACCCGAAACACCAAAAGUUGAAGUUCCCAAGUCUGAAGAGUCUGUAUCUGGACCAAUCAAUGAAGAGACUCCAGCACCAGCAACAGAUGACCAGAACAAUCAGACUUCGCAAGUUAUUGAUGUUGAAAAGCUACAACACGAAUUUCAAGAAUCGGCCAAAAGAUACUUGGUAGAACAAACAUCUCAAGUGAUUAUUCCAUCAUUUGCCAAGUGGUUUGAUUUGAACAAAAUACAUGACAUUGAGAAGAAAUCGUUGCCAGAUUUCUUUGUUGAGGAUGGCUCUGGAUAUAAAUCGUCUCAAGAUUACAAGUACAUUCGAGAUUUUAUUGUCAAUACUUUUAGAUUAAAUCCUAAAGAAUAUUUGACAAUUACUGCCGUUCGUAGAAAUUUGUCGGGAGAUGUAACCAAUAUAAUAAGAAUUCAUCAAUUCUUGGAGCAAUGGGGAUUGAUCAACUAUCAAAUUGAUCCUAAAACCAAAUCAUCAGUUUUAGGCCCACAGUAUACCGGACAUUUCCAAAUCACGUUGGAUGCACCACAAGGUUUGGUGCCAUUUGUUCCAGAAAAUGCUGAGUUGACAAAGACAACCAAACCAAACGCUACAACGGCUGACGUCUCAAACAACGAAGAUAUACCAGCAGAAAAGGAAAAUGAGUUACCAUUGAAUUUGGAAAUCAGACGUAAUGUUUAUGCAACUGGGGAAAAGAAGACAAAUUAUAAAACCAAUAAUAUCGUUCAUUAUUCGUGUAGUAUUUGCGGUAAGGAUACAACUGAAGUCAGAUAUCACAACUUGAAAAUAAAGUCCUACAUGUACAACCCAACAUCUACUAUAAACAACGCCAGUGUUUUAUGUGAGAUUUGUUAUGAACAAGGUUUGUUUCCACUGAGUUUUCAUUCUUCUGAUUUUAUCCAAUUGAAAAAGACAGAAGAAGGCGAAAAGUGGAGUGAACAGGAAAUCUUGUUACUAUUAGAAGGUAUUGAAAUGUUUGGAACUUACGAACCACCAUCUUCUACUGGUCCAGUAAAUGUCAACGCAAAUUUGAACAAUCAAUGGGAUAAAAUCAGUGAGCAUGUUGCUACCAAAACCAGAGAACAGUGUAUUAUUAAAUUUAUCCAGUUACCAAUUGAAGAUAAGUUUUUGACAAAGUUAAUAAAAGAGGAAGAGGAAGAUACUUCUAAAAAUGUUGUAUCGCAAACGUUAGUACAGGAUAUUGUUGCCAAAUUAAUUUCUACUGCCAACGGACGUGAGUUAAUUCUGCAAAAUGCCGAAGAGAAUUUAAAACAAGCUCAGAUAGAACAAACGAAUUUGGUUAACCAAGUGAUUGAAUUGACUUUAGAAAAAUUUAAUUUAAAGUUGAAAAAAGUUGAUGAAUUGCAAGCUAGUUUACUUAAGUUUGAAAAUCAAUUGAACUUGGAGAGAAAACAAAUCCUUUUCGAAAGAUGGGUCCAAUUUGAAAAAAUAUCCAAGUUGAAAGAAUCAAACCCAGAAUUAUCCACUGUUUUAGAUGACUUGCUUAAACCUGUCAAAAUCAGUGAAAUCCACAAGUCUGUUAAGCAGAGUACUCAAACAGAGAAUGGGGAUGAUAAAAUGGAUGUUGAUGAAAACAGUAAUGAAAACGAUGACAGUACUUCGAAGUUGCCUGUGAGCAUCAAUGAACCAAAGGCUUACCAAUUUUGGUCUGGCUAG